AUGAAAUCAACCCUGCCACUGGCAGGGCUGUUGCUGCUGCUGUCCCUGUUUGCACUCAUCCAGCAAGUGCACCCGCUGUCCCUUGAUCCCGUUGCAUCGGCCGAGCUGGAGGAAUACAUUAAGGAUGAUUUCUUGAUAUCGCUCAGGCAUAUUAGACCCCGCAGGAAGUUCCGCAUCACCAUUGAGGCGCUCUUUAUGAUCGAUUUUCCCGAGUCGAAGAACAAGUUUUCCUUCUAUCUCGACCGCAAAAACAAGCGAGUGACCAUCGACAUCAACACCCACUCGAAGGUGUACUCGAAGAAUCUGAUCCUGAACGAUCUGAACGAAUCAACAACGAUCAAGUCGCUGGCGUUCGCGUUCCACCAGAGCUCGAUCACGGUUUACAUGAACUGUAAACAGUCGUCCACAGAGGAGCUGGACGUCAAUCUCUCGAAGCUGUUCGCCGGUAGCGAGGAACCGACCGUCAAGCUGUUCCGUGAGCGAAAGUAUCCGCUGUUCCUGGACGCCGAGCUGGAGAAGGCCCUGAGCCGGGCCAGCUGUCAGAAGAUCCUUCGCCGGAAUGGCAAUCACGUUCACUCGCGCCAGAAGCAGGCCGUCGAGAAGAUGCUGAAGAACAAGGCGCAAGGCGAUGCUAUACCUGAGCGCAACAAGAAACGAGACAUCCGCAACUGGCACCACACGUCGGAGAAGUACAAGCAGGAAUUCUCCACGGAUUUUUCGUCCAACCGGGGCGACAUUCCCAUCAUCCAUGGUGAUUGUGAUGAGAACAUCCUUAAGCUGCUGGGAGAGCUGCUGAAGUUGGUCAAAGAGCUAAAGGAGGAAGUGAAGGGACAGCGCCACGAAAUCAACUACCUGCGUGGGUUGAUCGAGAACUGUGCCGGCUGUCAAACGGCGCAGCCAUUGCGAGAGAACUGUCAGUACAGCAAUCCGUGCUUCCCAGGCGUGCAGUGCUACGACACGUCCACCGGUAUGCGAUGUGGCCACUGUCCGCGAGGAUACGUCGGUGAUGGCCGAAACUGUCGCCCGGGUCAGACUUGUGCGGACCAGCCAUGCUUUAAUGGUGUCCAGUGCUAUGACACGGUCGAGGGAGCCCAGUGUGGUCCCUGUCCGGCCGGGUACGAGGGCGACGGUAAGCACUGCCGGUUUCGGGACGCCUGCGAAGACAAACCCUGUGCUCCAGGUGUUCACUGCAGUAGGUUAGAUCAGCACCCGUUCUUCCGCUGUGGUGCCUGUCCGGCCGGUUUCACCGGCAACGGUACUGCCUGUCACGAUCUGGACGAGUGUGACCUCGUGGAGCCGUGUGACGUGCGUGUACGGUGUACCAACACGGCACCAGGCUUCCGGUGUGAUCCAUGUCCUGGCGGGUUCGCUGGCGUUCACUACGAGGGCUUGACGGCGAUGUCCUUCGAAGGGUCGAUGCAACGGCAGCGCUGUUCGGAUCGUAACGAGUGUGCGGAUGGUUCAGCUCGCUGUGGUACAGGCACGGUGUGUCACAACACUGAGGGAUCGUACGAGUGUCAAUGCAAACCGGGGUUCAUCAGAAACUCCUCGCACGAGUGUCUUCCUUCCGAUCGGAUGUGCAUGGAUGGGACUAUCUGCGACACGAACGCGGUUUGCAAGCACGCUGGCAACAACAAGUACAGGUGCAAGUGUAAAGUAGGAUGGGCAGGUGAUGGCUUCUUGUGCGGAUCAGAUAAGGACCUGGACGGCUGGCCUGAUGCUAAUCUGCAAUGCAACGACGAAAAGUGUCGAGCCGAUAACUGCGUCAGCAUUCCCAACUCCGGCCAGGAAGAUGCCGAUCGCGAUGGUAUUGGUGAUGCCUGUGAUCCCGAUGCGGACAACGAUGGAAUUCUGAACAACCCGGAUAACUGCCCGUUGGUGCACAAUCCUGAUCAACUGGAUAGCGACGUGGAUGGUGGUGAUAAGCAGGGAGACGCGUGCGAUAACUGUCCCACGGUGUCGAACGUCGAUCAGAAUGAUGUCGAUAAGGAUGGGUUGGGUGAUGCGUGCGAUCCGGAUAUCGACAAUGACGGCAUCCGCAAUGAAGAUGACAACUGUCCGAAAGUGAGCAACUUUAACCAGCUGGACACUGACGGUGAUCGAAUUGGUGACGUGUGUGACAACUGCCCGAUGAUUCCGAACCCCAAUCAGCUCGACUCUGACAAUGAUCUCAUCGGUGACGCGUGCGAUAGUGAUGUCGAUCGUGAUCGGGAUGGUAUUCAGGAUAGCCGUGACAAUUGCCCAAAGUUGGCCAAUUCGGACCAGCUCGAUUCUGACGGUGAUGGACGGGGAGAUCUGUGCGACACCGACGCUGAUAAUGAUGGCAUUUUGAACCACGAAGACAACUGCCCGAUCGUGUUCAACCCCGAUCAAACGGACGCAAAUAACGACGGUAUCGGCGAUAUCUGCGAGGAAGAUUUCGACUUGGAUCUGAUACCCAACUAUCUCGAUAACUGCCCGAACAACUCGAAGAUCUUCUCCACCGACUUCCGCACGUACCAGACGGUGGUGCUCGAUCCGGAGGGUGAUUCUCAGAUCGAUCCAAACUGGGUGAUCUACAACAAGGGCGCUGAAAUUGUGCAGACUCAGAACAGCGAUCCUGGUCUUGCUGUUGGCUACGACGCCUUUGGUGGGGUUGACUUCGAGGGCACUUUCUUCGUCGACACGGAAAUCGAUGACGAUUACGUCGGGUUCAUCUUCAGCUACCAGGAUAACCACAAAUUCUACGCGGUGAUGUGGAAGAAGAACAUCCAGACGUACUGGCAAGCGACACCGUUCCGCGCAUCAGCAGAACCAGGCAUUCAGCUGAAGCUGAUCAACAGCAACACGGGACCGGGUGAGAUGCUACGAAACAGCUUGUGGCACACGGGCGACACCAAGGAUCAGGUGAAGCUGCUCUGGAAGGAUCCUCGCAAUGUCGGCUGGUCCGAGCGUACGGCUUACCGCUGGUUACUGCUGCACCGACCCAAGAUCGGGUUGAUCCGUUUGCGUAUUUUCGAUGGCGACAAAAUGGUGGCCGAUUCGGGUAACAUCUUCGAUUCCACGCUGAAGGGAGGCCGAUUGGGCGUGUUCUGUUUCUCGCAGGAGAUGAUCAUCUGGUCGGAUCUUGUAUACCGUUGCAAUGAUAACGUUCCGGAGGCCAUUUAUCGCGAACUGCCACCACGCUUGCAGCGCGAAGUUCAGGUGGAUCAUCGAUCCUAAAUCCUCGAUUCAGUUCAACCUCAGCAAAGCUAAUCUUAGGUGUACAACUAAAUGUAGCCCAUAAAAUUAUAUAUAUACUUCAAAGCUGCUUCGUGCAAACAGUUUCCACCUAUUGUACUCCAAAUUCUAGCUACCUCAGUUCGUUGUCGCUGAGAUUAGUGGUCGGGACGCAGAGCAAUAGAUCAGGUCUAGAAAAGAGGCGGGCUAGCGUUUUCCCCCAAAUACCGAUGAUGAGAUGUUACAAUGCGAAAAUA